UAUGAGAAAGUGUGUUAAAUAUGAAGUAAAUCUGUGUGAAUGGACGCGACUCCUGUUGCCAUGGCUCUGUCGGAGUUGUAUACAAAGUAUAACAGGGUGUGGAUUCCUGAUGCUGAACAUGUCUGGAAAUCUGCGGAGAUUCUGACAGAUUUUAAUCCUGGUGAUUCUGAGUUAGAGAUACAGCUGGAGGAUGGGACGGAGUUGCAUUAUCCUCUGGAAGGGGGUGAGAAGUUGCCGCCCCUCCGAAACCCCGAUAUCCUGGUGGGUGAAAACGACCUGACAGCUCUCAGUUACCUUCAUGAGCCGGCCGUGCUACACAACCUCAAAGUCCGAUUCGUUGAGUCCAAAAUCAUCUACACAUAUUGUGGAAUCAUUCUGGUGGCCGUCAAUCCAUACAAGCAGCUUCCCAUCUACGGAGAUGCAGUCAUCCAUGCGUACUCUGGGCAAAACAUGGGCGACCUGGACCCUCAUAUAUUUGCCGUGGCUGAAGAAGCCUACAAACAAAUGGCCAGGAAUAACAAAAAUCAGUCCAUCAUUGUGAGUGGUGAAUCCGGGGCCGGAAAGACUGUAUCUGCUCGCUAUGCUAUGAGAUACUUCGCCAUGGUCAGCAAAUCCGGCAGCAAAACCCGAGUGGAGGACAAAGUUUUGGCGUCCAAUCCAAUCACUGAGGCUAUUGGAAAUGCAAAAACAACACGAAAUGACAACAGCAGUCGAUUCGGAAAGUACACCGAGAUCAGUUUCGAUAAAAGAUACCAAAUCAUUGGUGCCAACAUGAGGACGUAUCUUCUGGAAAAGUCCAGGGUGGUGUUUCAGUCGGAGAACGAGAGAAAUUAUCACAUCUUCUACCAAAUGUGUGCUUGUGCAAAUCAGCCAGAGUUCAAAGGCUUACGACUGUUGGGUGCAGAAAAGUUUAAUUACACACGUUUGGGUGGUGAGAUCGAGAUCGACGGUGUGGACGACCGCGCUGAUAUGGCAGAAACACGCAGAACCUUCAAUCUGCUGGGUCUCAAGGAAAACUUUCAGACUGACGUGUUUAAGGUGCUCGCUGCAAUCCUGCAUUUAGGAAAUGUAAUAAUCAAGGCAAAGGACCCGGAGAAAUCAUUCAUCGGUUCCAGAGACCCUCACCUGGCCAUAUUCUGCGACCUGAUGGGCGUCAGCACGGAAAACAUGAGCCGCUGGUUGUGUCACAGACGGAUAGUCCUGUCAACAGAGACCGUGGUCAAACCACAGCCCCGGGAACGUGCCGUCAAUGCACGCGACGCUCUUGCUAAACACAUCUAUGCCCACCUUUUCAACUGGGUCAUUCACAAAAUCAACCAGGCACUGAUGGUCCCUGGGAAACAGCAUUCGUUUAUUGGGGUCUUGGAUAUUUAUGGAUUUGAGACCUUUGAAAUUAACAGUUUCGAGCAGUUCUGCAUCAACUACGCCAAUGAGAAGCUGCAGCAGCAGUUCAACCUGCACGUGUUUAAACUAGAGCAGGAGGAGUACAUGAAGGAGGACAUUCCCUGGACGCUGAUCGAUUUCUACGACAACCAACCCGUUAUUGAUCUCAUUGAGGCUAAGAUGGGCAUUCUGGACCUUCUGGAUGAAGAGUGUCUGUUCCCGCAAGGCACUGAUAAAAAUUGGCUGCAAAAACUGUACAAUUUUCUAGGCUCAAAGCCGCUGUUUGAGAAGCCUCGUUUGUCUAAUGACUCUUUCAUGAUUCAGCAUUUUGCUGAUAAGGUAGAAUACCAGUGUAAAGGCUUUUUGGAGAAGAACAGAGACACGCUUUAUGAAGAGCUGGUGGACAUCAUGCGCGCUAGUCAGUUUGCUCCCUUAGCAGGAUUUUUUAAAGAGGAAGAACCGGAUUCUGGCCAUAAAAUCAUCAAAGUGACUCCAGCACAACCCAGAGUCAAAGCAUCAAACAAGCAGCUCAGAAGUACCGUAGGAGACAAGUUUCGAAGCUCCUUGUACUUGUUGAUGGAGACGCUGAACGCCACGACACCUCAUUAUGUGCGCUGCAUUAAACCCAAUGAGGAAAAACUGCCAUUCGAGUAUGACUCCAGGCGUGUGGUUCAGCAGCUGAGGGCCUGCGGUGUGUUGGAAACCAUCCGUAUCAGUGCUCAAAGUUACCCGUCCAGGUGGACAUACAUUGAGUUUUACAGCCGUUACAGUAUCCUGAUGAGCCAGUCGGAGCUGAAGCUGGGCGAGAAGAAGCAGACGUGUAGGACGGUCCUUCAGAGACUCAUUCCUGACUCCAACCAGUACAAGUUUGGCCGGACCAAGAUCUUCUUCCGGGCAGGACAGGUGGCAUAUCUGGAGAAGCUGCGGUUGGAUCAUCUGCGAGCGGCUUGUGUGACCAUCCAGAAGCAUGUGAGGGGCUGGAGACAGAGACGCAGCUUUCUGAACAUCAGACAGGCGGCUCUCAUCAUACAGCUGUAUGUGCGCGGAAAGAAGCAGAUCAGAUGCACAGUGACAGCUCAGGCGCUGAAGCAGGGCUGGGCUGCAAUAGUGAUCCAAAGACACUGCCGUGGUUUUCUGGUACGGAGGAUUUACCAGCUCGUCCUGACAGCUGCGGUCACCAUACAGGCCUUCACUAGAGGGUGGAUGGCCCGCAAACGCUACAGAAAGAUGGUGGCAGAACACAAGGCUCUGGUUCUGCAGAAAUACGCUCGAGCGUGGCUGGUGCGCCGGAGGUUUCAAACCAUGCGACGGCUGGUCAUCAAUGUUCAGCUAUCAUACAGAGUCCAGCAGCUGCGCAAGAAAGUAGAAGAGCAGAAUAAAGAGAACUGUGGCCUGAUGGAGAAACUCACCAGCUUGUCUAACGCACGGGCUCAGGGGUUAGAAAAGAUUCAGGCUCUGGAGGCGGAGCUUGGAAAACUGACCAAUGAGAUGUCAGCUUUAGUGCAGAGGGCGAAAACAAACUCAGAGGAGGCCAAUCAGGCAAUCAAUGUACUUCAGAUUAGCAAAGAGAAGCUUGUUGAGGAAAAUAAGGCUUUGGAGCAGAAACUCAAAGACACGACUGUGCAGCUGCAAGAUCAGUUUGAGGACGUGAAGCGGAAGCUGAUGGAAGAUUUAGAAAGAGAGGAGAGACUAAGAAAGGUGGCAGAGCACAACAGUGAACUCCAGAAGGAAGACUCGGACAAAGAGAUUGUGGCGAUGAAAGAGGACAACCGUAGACUGAGAGAGGAACGAAUCAGACUGCAAACGCAAGUGGAGGAGGACGUGAAGACCAACACAGAACUGCAAGAGCAAAUGCUGCAGCUCACCAAACACGUCAAGGUCAUACCAGAUUUGCGUAAAGAAAUCACCAGCCUGCAGAUGCAACGAGCCGAAGCUGAAAAAACUCUGAGAACUCAGAAUCUACAAGCCAGAGCUAAGAUGAAUUUGAUCACAAGGCAGCUGCUCAGUGACGCUACAGAGCAAGAUCUCAUCCAGAGGCUCAAUGAAGAAGCCUCUGAUAAUAACGAUGAUGGAGCUGAUCUAAUCACUGCUUUUGACGGCAUGGAACGAGCCGCUAAGGUGAUGGAAACUCAACUGCGAGAGCAGAAAGACACUUACGAGAGUCAUCUGGAAGCUCUGAUCUUCAAAAAUGAGCAUUUAAGCAAAGAGAAUGAGCAGCUUCAGGCUCUGUUUCAGGAGAAGAGCGACAUCAACCAAAGCAUCGGACAGGAAGUGACUCGACUCGCCGCUGAGAACAUGGUGAUUCCUGAACUGAAGCAGCAGGUGUCAGAACUGAACCGCCACAAACACGAGCUGGAGAGCCAGUUACAGGACCAGAGUGCUGAGAUGAGCUUGAAACUGAAGGAGUUAUCGAGUGCGCUUCAUCUGGCUGCUGAAGAGGAGCAGUCUCAGCGCAGACUCCUACAGGAGGAGCUGACAGAGAGCCAGAGGAGAAGAGAGGAGACGGACAGACAGAUCUCUGAGCUCCAGGAGGAGAACCAGCAGCUACAGAGAGCGCAGAUCACAGAGAGCCAAGCCAAAAACACACUCCGACUGGAGACCUCACGCCUCACCGCUGAGAAUAUGGACUUCGAGGAGCAACUAGACAUGAAGGACAGAUUAAUAAAGCGACUUCAAGACCAAAUCAAAGCUCUUCAAACACACGCUGCAGCCAAUCAGAAAGCAGCUCCAGCCGUACCCAAAGAGUACCUGGGAAUGCUGGAGUACAAGAAGGAGGAUGAAGGCAGGCUGAUCCGGAUGCUCGUACUGGAGCUGAAGCCUCGCGGUGUGGGUGUGAAUAUGAUCCCUGGUUUGGCUGCUCAUCUGCUCUUCAUGUGUGUGAGACACGCAGAUUAUCUGAAUGACGGAAACAAACUCAAGUCCCUCAUGAACAACGUCAUAACAGCCGUCAAAGAGGUCAUUACGGAGCACCAGGAAAAUUUUGAACUUCUGUCCUUCUGGCUCUCAAACACGUAUCACUUCCUGAACUGCCUCAAACAGUACAGCGGGGAAGAGGAGUUCCUGAAGCACAACACUCCUCGGCAGAACAAGAACUGCUUGAAGAACUUUGACCUUUCGGAGCACCGUCAGAUCCUCAGCGACCUCGCCAUCAACAUCUACCAUCAGUUCAUCAGCGUCAUGGAGGAUGUUCUGUUUCCCAUGAUCAUCCCAGGGAUGCUGGAGCAUGAAAGUCUCCAGGGAAUCUCCAGCAUGAAGCCCACAGGUCUCCGCAAGCGCUCCAGCAGCGUGUAUGAGGAUGGAGGAGACUCCGGCACAUCCGAGGCCUUCAGCGUCAGCUCCAUCCUGCAGAAGCUCAGCACCUUUAACGCCAGCAUGUGUCAGCAGGGCAUGGAGCCGCAGCUGCAGGGGCAGAUCCUCAGACAGCUCUUCUACCUCAUUGGCUCCUCGUCCGUCAACUGCAUCCUGCUCCGCAAGGACCUGUGCUCCUGCCGCAAGGGCAUGCAGAUCAGGUGUAACAUCAGUUAUCUGGAGGAAUGGCUGCGAGAGAAAGAUUUGCAGAGCAGCAAUGCUAUGGAAACUUUGGGGCCGCUGUCUCAGAUCGCCUGGCUUCUUCAAGUCAACAAGACCACAGAUGAAGACGCAGCCGAGAUCAAGCAGAGAUGCUCCGAGCUCUCACCUGUACAGAUCGUGAAAAUCCUGAACUCCUACACACCCAUUGAUGAUUUUGAAAAGCGAGUCGCCCCAUCCUUUGUACGGAAAGUGCAGACGCUACUGCAGGAGCGCGAGGGCUCGUCGCAGCUGAUGAUGGACUCGCAGUAUCGUUUCCAGGUCACGUUUCCCUUCUGCUCCUCAACGCAGGCUCUGGAGCUCCUGCAGAUUCCCAGCAGCCUCCGUCUGGACUUCCUCACCCGCAUCUGAACACUGAACGCACCAGUACGGCUGCGUCCGAAAUCACCUACUGAUCGAGUAUGUACUACAUAUGAAUUUGAAUUUACGACACGACAAUUAGAAAAGUGCAUACUAUAUAGUAUGAAUGGAAUUGGGACGUACUACAUCCGCCAUUAGUCAUUAUCAUGUGACCAAAAACUAUAGAGUACACAAGACAUGGUAUUCGUAUAGUUCUGAAUGGGGAAAAAUGUAAUAGUAUGGCGAAUGAAGCCCCGCCUUCUAGUACAGGAGCCAAUCAGUGAUCGCUAUAGAUGGAUGAUUCUUUGGGGGAAGGGCUCGAGCCAGACAUGAGUUUCUGCAGGUUUUUGUGUAAUUCGAAUGUUUAGAAAUGAAACUAGAGACAGAUGUUGUUUAAUUUUAUUGCUGAUUCCUAAUAUGUAAUGUAAUCGGAAGCUUGGGAAUCAAUUUUUGGAGAAUUUGAUGGUUCCCCAUUCAAACAGAAUGCCUGAGCAUACUGCCCGAGAGGCGUUUCAAAGAUGCCCGGCGAGUGAAAUGACUUGCCUUAAAGGGACUUUGACUUGACCUACCCACAUCAGUUGCAUAGCUUCAAUUCACAAAUUCUCUCACGUGGCAUCAUGGGAUAGUGUAGCAUCCAUUCGAUGCGUACUUCUGAAUCUGUCUGGAAGUAAUAGGUCAUCUGAGUACUUCUCGCAUAAUGUUUUUCCAAUACUAUGAAUUCGGACACACUACUUGUUUUGAAUGUACUAUAUAGUAUGGAAGUAUGCGAUUUCGGACGCAGCCUGUGUGUCUCUCCAGACCCAAACGCAUCAUCUAAACACUGCAAAUGCUCAUAUGAACUCAACAAUGCUAACGUUUGAAUAUUUUCCAUUUAUUUAUAUGUAUUUCAAGGUGAGACACUUCAGGAUUUCAGUUUUUUUCCUGUGGAUUUUGAUUGUUUUUUUACUUUUUUGUUUCAUCUAAUGGAAAGAAGACUUACUUAAAGUCCCCGUGAGAUCAAAUAACAUUUUUUAUUUAGAUGUUAGCAUAAGUAAGUUAGCAUUAAGGAUAUCUAUAAGCUAGUGAGCUCCAAAACCAUGACAAAGAUGACAUUUAGAAGAUAGAAACAUUCAAAGCCAGGGGUUUGUCACUUACACCGAAAUGGAUCGUUUUUUUGGACGUCACCUCCAGUGUUGGGUAAGUUACUUUAAAAAAGUAAUUAAUUACUAAUUACUUAAUCAAUGUUGUAUUGAAAAUACUUAUCUAAUUACUUUGUCUGAAAAGUAACUUAAUUACUCAGUAAGUAAUUUAACUAAAUACUUUUUAAAAUCCCUAUAAACUCUGAGUGGACAAACAGUAGAAAUUAAACUCUAAUAAUAAUAAAUAAUUCAAUAAAACAUAUGAGUCAAACAUGAAACAGUUUAGCCUUUAAGCUUUCUGAAUCAUCUUUAUUACGUUCUAUAAAAAUUACAUACAUAAUGGUCGCUGGUUCGAGCCUCAGCUGGGUCAGUUGGCGUUUCUGUGCGGAGUUUGCAUGUUCUCCCUGCGUUCGUGUGGGUUUCCUCCGCGUGCUCCGGUUUCCCCCACAGUCUAAAGACAUGCAGUACAGGUGAAUUGGGUUGGCUAAAUUGUCCAUAGUGUAUGUGUGUGUGAAUAAGUGUGUAUGUGUUUCCCAGUGCUGGGUUGCAGCUGGAAGGGCAUCCACUGCAUAAAACAAAUGCUGGAUAAGUUGACCUUUCAUUCCGCUGUGGCGACCGCGGAUUAAUAAAGGGACUAAGCCGAAAAGAAAAUGAAUGAAUGAAUGAAUACUACAUUUUUAGUAAGAAAUGUAACCUUCUUAAGGAACACAAUUCCUGAAUAACAGAAGAAUAUUAUUAUGCAUAUCUGAAUAACAGAAAAAGCUUAACUUAAGAAAAGAUAAACAUGACAUGUAUCAAGCUGGAAACAUGAAACGUUUGUGAUGGCAGGUCCAAAUGUCAGCAGUCGUGGAAAUAUAUUCCAAACCAGUGGUGUAGUCCUAAAAAAAUAGGUGGUGUACUAUUACCCAACCGACCCGCCCAUGCUGUAUUAUAAUUUUACCUGAACGUUUCAGCGAGACAUCAUUCAGUUGACUUCGAAAAACAAAUUAAGAUGAGAGUUAAAAAACAUUUGGUAUACAGUUAAAGGGGAUGCGAAUAAUCGUAAAUUAAGGAAGUCUAAUCAGCAAAACAAGUGAGUAUACCGAGGGUAUAUGCAAUUAUUGAUCCUCAGAAGUCGUAAUACCCAAACAGCUAGUGGAAAAAAGUAGGCAUAAUGAGUAUACGUGCGUAUAGCCCCGACUACACCACUGUUCCAAACUCUCGAACGUCUCUUUAAGCUCCAUUUCCAUGACAGAAUAACACUCAUCUAAGUCAAAACCGUUUUUUGGUCAGGCAGUCCUGCUUUUUUGCCAGACACAGGUAUUUUGUUUAAUAUGCUCCUAAAAGAUGGAGAUUGUACAGUACACAGAGGCAGCAUCUCUUCCAUAACGUAACCUGCAAUCAUUUUUUUAAGCUCACCUUCAGACACUUUCUGCGCUGGCGGAGUAAAAUC